ACACCUGUUUACCAUCAGGCAAUUCAUGGUGUAGGGAAACUUUACUGAUGUAAUGAUUGUCACAAAGUCUUCAGUAAUGCUACAACCAUUGCAAAUCAUUGGAGAAUCCAUAAUGAAGAGAGAUCAUACUAGUGUAAUAAAUUUGGCAGAUUUUUCAGACAUCAUUCAUACCUUGCAGUUCAUUGGUGAACUCAUGCUGGAGAGAAACCUUACAAAUGUCAUGAUUGUGGCAAGGUCUUCAGUCAAGUUUCAUUCUAUGCGAAACAUAGGAGAGAAACCUCACAAGUGUGAUGAUUGUGGCAAAGCCUUUACUUUACGUUCACACGUCAUUAGGCGUCAGAGAAUGCAUACUGGACAGGAAUCUUACAAAUGUCAUCAAUGUGCCAAGGUCUUCAAUCUGAGUUUACUCCUUGCAGAACAUCAGAAAAUUCAUUUUGGAGGUAGUUGUUCCAAAUGCAAUCAGUAGAGCAAACCGUUAAGCAUUAAUUGACAUUAGAGUCAAUUCAGCAUUGAGUUGAGUUGAUUUAACAUUGAGUUCAAGCAUUAAUUGAAAUUAAAGUGUUUAUGUUAAAAGGAUUGGGCUGGGCCCUGGCUCCUGCCUGUAAUCUCAGCAUUUUGUGAGGCCAAGGGAGGUACAUCACUUGAGGUCAGGAAUCUGAGAUCAACCUGGCCAACAGACGUGAGCCAUUUUCCCAGCCUGUUUUCUGUUUCUUUAAAAAAAAAACUGAUAGGGAUUUUUAUGGGUAUUGUGUUGAAUCUAAAUCACAUUGAGUUAUAUAAUCAUUUAACAAUAUUUUCCCAAAACAUCAAUAUGGGUUGUAGCUCUGUUUUUAAUCAUUUUGAUCAAUGUUUGUAGAUUUCAAGGUAUGAACUUCUGAGCUUUUAAAGUUUAUUUCUAAGUAUUUCUUACUUUACGUUCUCCAGCAAAUGGAAGUGUUUAAAAAUUUUCUUUUAAAAUUUUUUAUUGUUAAAGUAUGGAAAUUCAACUAAUUUUUGGUGCUGAUACUGUAUUGUGCAAAUCCACUGAAUAUGUUACCUAGUUCCAGUAGUAUUUUGGUUGACUCUUUGUGAUUUUCUACACAGAAGAUCGUUUCAUCUAUAAACAAAUAUAAUUUUACUUCUUGCUUUCUGA